AUGGCUGUGAGCAACGGGAACAGUGAUUUUGUGGUUCUGAGCAACGGCAGCAGCGCAACCAGUGCCCCCAAGCCUGGCGCCCUCACGGCCUGUGAUGGGGACCUUGCCUCCCAGCAGCUCACACCCAGAGAGGCCCCCAAAACAAAAGUGAGUCUGAAUGGAUGCCUGCAGGUCAAUGGCACCGUGAAGUCCUCCUUUCUGCCCGUGGACAGCCACCAAAGAGUGCCCGCGAUGUUGUCCCCAUGCUGCCACCUGUGCCCGUUCCAUCAGCCCCUGGCCGGCCAGAGUAGUCACGCAGAGGGCUGCCCUGAGGUUGGCCCGGCCGUGCCUUCUGCUCUGGCCUCCUGCUGCACGCAGCCACGCUCCGAGUAUUCUGCACCUCUGUGUCCCAGCCACUCGCCCGUCUACCAGACUGCGUGCUGCCUGCAGCCCUCUCCGUCCUUCUGCCUGCACCACGCGUGGCCCGGCCGUUUCCCACACCAGCCCGUGCAGCAGCAUGCGGCCGGCUUCAGACCGCGCAGACCUUUCAAGUUGCCAAAAAGCUACGCAUCCCUGAUAGCGGACUGGCCCGUGGUGGUGCUGGGCAUGUGCACCAUGUUCAUCGUUGUCUGCGCCUUGGUUGGGGUGUUAGUGCCCGAGCUUCCCGACUUCUCUGAUCCACUGCUGGGUUUUGAGCCAAGAGGGACUGCGAUAGGCCAGAGACUGGUCACGUGGAAUAACAUGGUGAAAAAUACGGGAUACAAAGCAACAUUAGCAAAUUAUCCUUUUAAAUAUGCAGAUGAACAAGCCAAAAGCCAUCGGGAUGAUAGAUGGUCAGAUGAUCACUAUGAAAGAGAGAAAAGAGAAGUUGACUGGAACUUCCACAAAGACAGCUUUUUCUGCGACAUUCCGAGUGACCGAUAUUCCAGAGUAGUAUUUACUUCAGCUGGAGGGGAGACACUAUGGAAUUUACCUGCCAUUAAAUCAAUGUGCAAUGUAGAUAAUUCAAGGAUUAGAUCCCACCCGCAGUUUGGCGACCUGUGCCAGAGGGCCACGGCCACGUCCUGCUGCCCCAGCUGGACGCUGGGGAAUUACAUCGCCGUCCUCAACAAUAGGUCGUCCUGCCAGAAGAUCGUGGAGCGAGACGUAUCUCACACCCUGAAGCUGCUGCGUGCAUGCGCCAAGCACUACCACAACGGCACCCUGGAGCCCGACUGCUGGGAUGCGGGCGCCAGGAGGAAGGGGCAGCUCAAGUGCACGGGCGUGCCGCGCAAGUGCACUAGGUACAACGCCGUGUAUCAGAUCCUGCACUACUUGGUGGACAAGGACUUCCUGGCCGCGAGGGCGGCUGACCCUGCUGCACCGGCACUCAAGUACAGCAUGCUCUUCUCUCCCACGGAGAAGGGGGAGAGCAUGAUGGACAUUUACCUGGACAACUUCGAGCCCUGGAACGGCUCAGAUGGCAUCACCACCAUCGCCGGCAUCGAGUUCGGCAUCAAACACAGCCUAUUCCAGGACUAUCUCCUCACGGACACAGCGUACCCGGCCAUCGCGGUCCUGCUGGUCCUCCUGGUCAUGUGCGCCUACACCAGGUCCCUGUUCAUCACGCUGAUGACCAUGUUCGCUGUCAUCAGCUCCCUCAUCGUUUCCUAUUUCCUCUACCGCGUGGUGUUCAACUUUGAGUUCUUCCCUUUCAUGAACCUCACCGCACUUGUUAUUCUGGUUGGAAUUGGCGCAGAUGACGCAUUUGUCCUGUGUGACGUGUGGAGCUACACCAAGUUCGACCGGCCGCAUGCGGCGACCACGGAGACGGUGGGUGUCACUCUGCAGCACGCGGCGUUGUCCAUGUUUGUCACCAGCUUUACCACGGCCGCCGCCUUCUAUGCCAACUACGUGAGCAACAUCACCGCCAUCCGCUGCUUCGGUGUGUACGCGGGGACCGCCAUCCUGGUGAACUAUGUGCUCAUGGUUACGUGGCUCCCGGCCGUUGUCGUCCUGCAUGAGCGCUACCUCCUCAACAUGUUCAGCUGCUUCAAGAAGCCACCGCAGCAGGUCUACGAGGGCAAGAGCUGCUGGACCGUGGCCCGCCGGACGUGCCACAAAGCACUGUUUGCCAUUUCAGAAGCAUCGCGCAUUUUUUUUGAGAAGGUGUUGCCGUGUAUCGUCAUUAAGUUCCGCUACCUUUGGCUGCUGUGGUUCCUGGCCCUGACCGUGGGCGGGGCCUACGUCGUAUGCGUGAACCCCAAGAUGAAGUUACCCUCCCUGGAGCUGUCUGAGUUUCAGCUGUUCAGGCCCUCCCACCCCUUUGAGCGCUAUGAUGCCGAGUACAAGAAGCUCUUCAUGUUUGAGCGCGUCCACCGUGGCGAGGAGCUGCACAUGCCCAUCACCGUGGUCUGGGGCGUGUCCCCAGAAGACAAUGGCGACCCCCUGAACCCCAAGAGUAAAGGGAAGCUGGCGUUGGAUGGCAGCUUUAACAUCGCAAGCCCGGCUUCCCAGGUCUGGAUCUUGCACUUCUGUCAGAAACUGAGAAACCAGACUUUCUUCUACCAGAUGGGGGAGCAGGACUUCACCAGCUGCUUCAUCGAGACGUUCAAGCAGUGGAUGGAGAACCAGGACUGCGACGAGCCUGCCCUGUACCUGUGCUGCCGGCGCUGGAGCUUCCCCUACAAGCAGGAGGUCUUCGAGCUGUGCAUCAAGAGGGCCAUCAUGGAGCUGGAGAGGGGUACGGGCUACCAUCUGGACAGCAAGACCCCGGGGCCACGGUUCGACGUCAAUGACACCAUCCGGGCGGUGGUGCUGGAGUUCCAGAGCACCUACCUCUUCACACUGGCUUACGAGAAGAUGCACCAGUUCUAUGAGGAGGUGGACGCCUGGAUCUCCCGGGAGCUGAGCUCGGCUCCCGAGGGCCUCAGCAACGGCUGGUUCAUCAGCAAUCUGGAGUUCUACGACCUCCAGGAUAGCCUGUCCAACGGCACGCUCGUCGCCAUGGGGCUGUCCGUGGCCGUGGCCUUCAGUGUCAUGCUGCUUACCACCUGGAACGUCAUUGUAAGCCUGUAUGCCAUCAUGUCUAUCGCCGGGACCAUAUUUGUCACCGUCGGCGCCCUCGUCCUGCUGGGCUGGGAGCUGAACGUCCUGGAGUCUGUCAUCAUUUCCGUGGCCGUUGGCCUCUCCGUGGACUUUGCCGUCCACUACGGGGUUGCUUACCGCCUGGCCCCGGAUACCGACCGGGAGGGGAAGGUGAUCUUCUCCCUGAGCCGCAUGGGCUCCGCCAUUGCCAUGGCCGCCCUGACCACCUUUGUGGCCGGGGCCAUGAUGAUGCCGUCCACGGUUCUGGCAUACACCCAGCUGGGUACCUUCAUGAUGCUCAUCAUGUGCGUCAGCUGGGCCUUUGCCACCUUCUUUUUCCAGUGCAUGUGCCGCUGCCUCGGGCCGCAGGGCACCUGUGGGCAGAUUCCACUCCCCAGGAAGCUCCGGUGCAGUGCCUUCUCCCACGCCCUGUCCAUGACCCCUGCCGACAAGGGGCAGAGCAAAACACAUGCCGUGAAUGCAUAUCAUUUAGACCCCAGGGCCCAGAAACCCGACGUGGAGCACGAGUUCUAUGAAUUAGAGCCUCUGACAUCCCACAGCUGCACCGCCUCUGGGAAGGCGGCUUAUGAGGAGACCCACAUCUGCUCUGAGUUUUUCAGCGGCCAGGCCAACAGUCUGGGGCUGCCCGUGCAUGCCGCUUACAGUCCAAGCUCCAGACACGAAGCCAGCCCUGCCUCCUUCCCGCCCGCUCUCGAGCAGCACGCCCUGUGUCACUUCUUCUCUCUCCAUCAGAGGUGUGGUUGCCCAAACGCCUACAGACACCUGAGUCCCGGCCCGCACGUGUGCCAGCAGGCAGGUGACGGCCUGUGCCCCCGAUGCGCCGCCACCGCCACCACCAGCAGCUUAGGGCACGUGCAGAAGGGCGUGGCGCCCCUGCAGGCCGCACAGCAGGCCCCCGAAGGCUUCGUGUGCGCCGUCCCACACAUCUGCCACUGCGCCUGCCUGCAGGGCAGAGCCAGACGGCCGGGAGCACAGAGUCCUCUGCCCACAGGCCUCUUCCUCCACCCGGGGCAGCACGGGCAGGCCCAGGAGAAAGGCGGCAAGGCCAGCGCCCACGGCGCCCAGGGCACGGAGGAGCCCGGUCCACAGACGCCAGAGCCACCGUCCUUUGUCCGCAGAAGCCCCGGGUCCUUACGAAAACCGAACUGUGAUCCCGAAAACAGCCAAAGGGGACUCUCCAGAAACAGAGAGCUCGGGAACGUGGAGGGCAGCAGAGGGGCCGGGAACAAGGGCUCGGGGCUGGGGGCUCAGGCGGACGAGGCAGAUAGGAAAGCAGAGCCGCGCCUGUCACACGACUCGGAACAUUCAAAUCAGAAAGAACCGAAACCUGUAUUUAACUGUGGCCUGGGGGACACCCGGUGCUGCUCUAACGACCCCCAGAGCUGUGGCCGAGGGGUCCGGCUGACGUCCGGUUCUGCGGGCCGUCAGAUGCCAGAGCUUGAAGCCAGUGGGCCCCCUGUGCUGACACACUCGGAACUUUCUGGUGAAAGUUUGUUAAUAAAAACACUUUAA